AUGACCUAUAUAAAAGAAGAAAAGUUUGGAGAUUACAAGAAACAAACAUCAAUGAGAGAAGACUAUACUAAGUUGAAAAUAGCAUUUAAGAGAGAAUUGAAUAAACUUGGAGAAGACUAUGUUGAUGCCUUUUUGAACCAUUUAGAGGGAUGUGCAAAACAUGGUUACCCAAAUCGUUCAACCAUUACUGAUUAUUUAACCAAUGAAGCACACGAUGAAACCUAUUACAAGAGGUUUCUUUCAGCUUUAUUUAAGGUGUAUUAUGAAUUUUUGAAGCAGCUUAAAAUGCAACAUUCAGGCAAAAUAUGUGAUCAUAUGUUUGACAUUCUCAUUAGUGAUAGAACUGAUGCAAAACUGUUUGAAUUGUAA